AUGAAUGUGUUGGGAGUGGUUAAUCAAAAUGUAGAGUUUAUGUAUUGCUUAGCUAGUUGGGAAGGUUCGGCGCAUGAUGGGAAGGUGCUUAGGGAUGCUUUAUUAAGGCCGAAUGGGUUGCGAGUGCCAAAAGGAACUUACUAUCUAUGUGAUCUAGGAUAUAGCAAUUGUGAGGGGUUCCUAACACCAUACCGGGGCCAGAGGAUGCCGAGGAAGAGAAAGCAUACAUUAGGAGAAGGAGAAAGAGAAGGAGAAGGAGAGGGCAGCCAAGUCCCUCAACCUAAGGGGCCAUAUUUCUCAUGGACAGAAAUGUUGGAUGCUAUUCUCAUAGACUGUAUGCAGGAGUUAGUUCAUAAGCACCAAGUUGAGAAUGGCAAUUUCAAGAGUGGAUCCUUUACUGAGCUAGAGAUUAUGAUGAACAAGAAGGCCCCUGGUUGCGGAGUGAAAGCUGAUCCAAACAUCAGAUCAAGGCACAAGAAGCUGAAAAGGGAUUUCAUGGCAGGUCACUUGCUUCGUUCCAAGAGUUGA